GCUGUGAAAUGAGGUGUGCGUUUGCAUAGUACAUUGUGUUUCUCCUGUGAAGGUUUAGUGGUCAUUCAGUCAAAACACUCUCAUUCAAAAUCAGCAUUUUUGCUUUUCUUUAUGUAAAUCCGUCUCAUUCGCUUUUAAUCAUUCUGUAUUCAAAAUCACUAUAGGGUGUUUAUGGUGUAAGUGUUUGAGCAGGGGAGGGCUUAUUGAGAAAAAUGUCUGAAAGCAAGCAACGCUCAUUGACAUUUUACACUUGAAGCAUUAGUGCACAGAGCACGCACACCUGCAUGGAGGUUUUAAGGUGGACCGGAGUGUUAAAAAAGGUGGCUCUGUUUAAGAGUGUAUUCUUCAGUCGACCUCAUUUCUCAGUCCUGUUUAAUUAUUUUAGCACUGUUUUUAUUUCACUUUUUCUUUGUUUAUUUUUUUAUGCUACAGCGUACAAAUUUACAAAUUUUGUGAAUACUGCAUUGAUGUGUGAAAUACAGUAAAGCAGCUGACGCUCAUGUUAUGUCGUGCACCUCUUGAGUUCACUAUUAAGGGGCUUCCAAUGCUGAAUAUGUCCACUCCCAGUGACCUCAAGUCUCCCUGCGUGACGCGAAACGGCAUGGUCAAGCUGCCCCCCCAGCCCAACGGCCUCGGUUCGGCCAGCAUCACUAAAGGCACUCCAGCUGCCAAGAAUCGCCUGUGCCAGUCGUCCUCCGUGCCCACCAUCUUGCCUCCCCCGAGCCUGCCCUAUCACCUGGAGCCCCUGCCCACAGCGGCCUCACUGCUGGGCCCAGACCUGGACACGAGCCCCGUGACUGCCAUCAAACCUCCCCUCCGGCAGUUUCCCAAGACCCUGCUGGAAAGACAACUGGUGCUGGACGAGAAGGUGCUGAACCGGCUCUUGUGGUACUUCACCACGGCAGAAAAGUGCAUUCUAGCCCAGGUGUGCAAGACGUGGCGGAAAGUGCUCUACCAACCCAAGUUCUGGGAAGGUGUGACGCCCAUUCUGCACGCCAAGGAACUCUACACUAUCCUGCCCAAUGGGGAGAAGGAGUUUGUUAGCCUGCAGGCUUUUGCUCUCAGAGGCUUCCAGUCCUUCUGUCUGGUGGGGGUCUCAGAUUUGGACAUUUGUGAGUUCAUCGACAACUAUCCGCUGUCGAAGAAGGGAGUCAAGUCUGUCAGUCUAAAGAGGUCGACUAUUACAGAUGCGGGACUUGAGGUGAUGCUGGAACAGAUGCAGGGUCUGAUGCACCUUGAACUGUCCGGCUGCAAUGAUUUCACAGAAGCUGGCCUGUGGUCCAGCCUGAACGCACGGCUUACCUCUCUCAGCGUCAGCGACUGCAUCAACGUGGCGGACGACGCCAUCGCCGCCAUUUCUCAGCUCCUUCCCAACCUAUCGGAGCUCAGCCUGCAGGCCUAUCACGUGACCGACACGGCCAUGGCCUACUUCACCGCCAAGCAAGGCUACACCACCCACACGCUGCGCCUGAACUCCUGCUGGGAGAUCACCAACCAUGGCGUAGUUAACAUGGUGCACAGCCUGCCAAACCUCACCUCCCUCAGCCUGUCAGGCUGCUCCAAGAUCACCGACGAUGGCGUGGAAUUGGUUGCAGAGAAUCUGAGGAAGCUCCGGAGUCUGGAUCUGUCCUGGUGCCCUCGUAUUACUGACAUGGCUCUUGAGUACAUAGCCUGUGAUCUGCACAAGCUGGAGGAGCUGGUUCUGGACCGGUGUGUGCGGAUCACAGAUACAGGGCUGGGUUACUUAUCUACCAUGUCAAGUUUGAGAAAUCUCUAUCUUCGCUGGUGCUGUCAGGUGCAAGACUUUGGGUUACAGCAUCUAUAUGGCAUGAGGAGUCUUCGUCUUCUCUCUCUAGCAGGGUGCCCUCUGCUGACCACUACUGGCCUAUCAGGCCUGAUCCAACUGCAGGAGCUAGAGGAGCUGGAACUAACCAACUGCCCGGGCGCCACAGCCGAACUCUUCAAAUACUACUCCCAGCAUCUGCCGCGCUGCAUGGUCAUCGAGUAGAGCAAAGAGUUUCAUGGGCACCAGCACCCACCACAUCACCAAAACCUCCUCCUACAGACUGAUGAUAAACCCAACUUCAUCCUGGACCCACAGGAAGAAUCAACGAGAGAAAGUGAAUGGAAGGUUUUUUUUCUGGAGGGGUGAAGAGGGAUCACUGACAUGGAAGACAAAAAGGGAAAUCUGAAAGAAAAGGUCGGAACGGGCCUGGACUGAAGAGCGAGAGGGAAAAUGUACAAAGCGCAGUGGGUCAGAGGCUAGAUCUUUCAUUAAAUAACAUGACACAUAGGAAUCAGCCCCCACACAUACAUGAAACAUGAUCCUCCACUGAACUGUGAGACUAGCUUCCACGUCUCAUCCAAAACUGUUUAUCUUGAAGUGACAAAGGUGUGCGCUGCCUGUUUGAGCUGUCUCUCAUAUCCAGGGAAAGGUAGAGAGGAACCGAAAUGUUUAAGGGAAAGAACGAGGUUAAGGAGCCACUGCAACAGGGUCUCUUCGCUUUUGUCCGGCGUCAUCCGGGUCUCUCGCUCCCCUCAGUGGUGCUGCCGCUCCAUCUCUGUGUCUUAUCAAGGGAAAAAAGAAAGAGAACUUUAGAGAUGAACAGCUACGCAGAUUUUCACGUCAACGCUACUUGCUUUUUGUCAUGCAGUUCUCUUUUGGUCUUUUUUGUUUUUAAAUAUUAUUAUUUUUUUAAGUAUUAUUUUUGAUGAUAAGGAUUACUGUGAAACAUUUAUGGUAUGAGUUCGAGGUUUCGGACACUUUGAAUAAGAUGGAAAUCCAGGUACGGUGAAGGUACAGUAUUAAGAGGUACUGUCCUUUGAAAGGAACCAGCAUAAUCAGAAGUCAGGAGGUUAUUUUUCCCAGCAGAUUGCUCUUUUAAAGACAUUUCCAGAUAUUUCGAGUCGGGGAGAGCGGGGCGGAUCGGAACUGCUCAUAACAUUUUAAUAUAAUUCAAAGGGACUGUGGUUUGUACAAAAGAUAGCUUGGCUUUUUCAUCUGCCUGUUUUAUUUUAAUUCCAUUUUGAUGUCGAUUGAUAUUAGUGGCUCAUGUGCAGGUUUCCAUAUUAAUCCUGAUUCAAAUGAAGAUGCGAUCCCAUAAUGCACCUGGGCCACGUGACAGCCUUUCAUAGACUGAAACUGCACGUCAUUGCUUACUUGUCACCAGGCCAAAACAUGACAGCAGCGUACAGCAUGGCGGUUCUACCAUAGUUUCUUACAGUGUCUCUUUCAGCCUGAGUGCUUUUAAAUACAUCUGAUGAAUACGGUUUACAGUGAUUUGCAUCAAAUGCAGAGGCAGGCCAGUGUAAUUAAAGUGAUCACAGACAUCCCACACAAGCAUAUUACAGUAGUCUCUCUUCAUCUAGCAGUUUUGCUUUCCUGUUAAGCAAUACCCACAUGUCUGCUUUUAGAUUAGCAGCGCCUUUUAUUUUCAGAGGUGCCCGGGUUCUUCGCUCCUCAGAGUUGUGCUCAUCUGUGGUGCCUACCUCAUUUUACCAUGGGGUAUGUUAGAAUACAGGUCCGCAGGGGGAUUCGCAGAAACCAGCCAUUUUUUUGUUUUCCAGCCCACUCCGUAUCCCAUACCCCGUAUCAAACCCUGCAUUUGUCCUCUCAGGAGAUUAACGUGCUGCUCAGAUCAUCUCAGAUGGGUUUGAUGUGAUGUCGAUGACCUUAAUGUUCACCUACUCAAACAUAUAAAGUAGCAGAAGAAAUGGCAUGGUGAAAAAUUUUGGAGUCUUAGAUUGGCCAAUCAUUUAUUUAAAAGCCACCCCUACGUUGUAGCUGGUGAAGUGUGUUAACCUAUGAGUAUUUUCAUCAUCUUUCAACAGAUAUGGUAGUAGCGCAUGCAAUGUGGUACCUUUUUCUUCAGUAAAGUACUAUUCGAAUUUUAGGCAUGCUGUUAAACUCAAACCACGGCUGGUUAGCGCCCCUGCUGGUACAUGCCUGAACUUCAUCAUCUGGAUGCAAAAAGCAGCCAUCCAAAUUAACGACAUAUUUUGACUCAAUAGCUAUCUUUUAAAUGCAAAUGUUCGUAGAGUGAUGGCACUGAAGAACCAUAUUCAGUUUUCCAAAGAAUCUUGCGGUGAACAGUUCUUUUUAACAACCAUUUUGCCAGUAAGGAACCUUUAUUUUGUGUACAGUUGAGAUGAAUGACAGUUCUAGCUUUCUCCAGCUAUUAUAAACCUCUUAGAUUCAAACAUUAAAAAAGUGUAGAACAAAACAGAUGGAAAAUAUGUCGGGAUAAUUCCAACAUCACAGUCUUUAAGUGGAUGCUACACUAUCCCACUUUAAAUUCACCAGGCUUUAAAGAUAACACAUUAGCAUAAACAUUAGCACUCACCUCAGACAGUCGAUCUCUCUUCUUGUAAAUAGUGACCUGUUUAAUGGGGGGGGUCACAGCUAAUCAGGGUUAGCGGCUGCCGCUUAUCCAGGCGAGAUCCCCAGAGACUUUUAAUCUCGCUACCUUGUGUGACUUUAUCUUUUGAAUCAUUGAAGUUGUUACGUAUUUAUUUGCUUUUACUUAUCAUUGGUAGCGGGUUAAUUUAUUGACACAACGCACAUAUUUAUUUAUUUAUUUAUUACCUUUGCGAGGAGUUUUAUUUAGGAGUAGAACAUGUUAUUUUGAUGGGGUCUACUAUGGAGAUUGGAGUUGAGCUUUAUUCAGAUGACCAUGGUUUUGACGGUUAGAAUAAGCGCGGUCUCUGAGGAUGUUUUUUUUUUUUUGGCGGGAAGACGCUGACAAUGACCUAACUUUUCUAACCCUACUGCUGGCCAUUUUCUUGUGUUCAACGACUGUUCUAGUUCACCUCUUUUGUUUUUGGUUGUAAAGUUGAGAGUUUGGGUGUAAGUUGAGAGACGCUGUCAUGAAGUCUAGUAGCCUAAUAGUGAAUCAACAUUGUGUCCAUAAUUGGAUGUUAAAUAUUCUGCAACAGUUCAUAUGCCUGCGCUCGAACUUAGAAGACAUAUUGCAGUAUUUACACUCAUUUGAUAGUCUUACAAAGAAUGCGACAGGUUUUAUUCACUAGCAAAGAUCUGAAGGAAAUCCCAUCAAAGCGCUUUUCACUUCGUAUGUCUCCAUAAUAGAAACGACCAUUUGAGAUGAAUGAAAUAAAGAGAGAUUAUUAAUAUAUCGCUAAGGCAUUGCAUAGUAUUUGAGGACAACUGUAUGAAACUGUCGGAGAUAUUGUAUUAAUCUUGUAUAAAUACUAUCGUUUUCACUUCCAAACCGAGCCUUUUCCCUCUUUGUAUAGAAUGAGAGUUUAUGUGUGUGGGAACUUUUUCACCUAAUAGAACCCUAAAUAUAAAUAUAAUAACUCAUGCACUAACCCCGCUGUAAUCUGUAAAUAUCUAUCAAUAUGUCGAGGGUCAUCUGUCAGAAGGUUUCAGCGAUUUUGAGGCUGCCUGGCUCUAAGCGCACGCGUCCAUACCGCUUUCAACGAAGCCAGUGGAGAAACCUGAUCAAGAAAGAGGCAAGAUAUGCAAAAAGGUCUUUUAGCGAUGAGUAACAUCAGCAAUGGAUAGUAUAAAAGACUUAAGCUUGUUUCACUUUGUACAUUGAGCUAAUAUCAAAGACGUUAAUACGGGCUAAAUGCAAGAACAUUAACAGAUGUUUAUUGUGUGUCUACAUUGAAGUUGCGCCUGCUGGCUUCCUCAUGCGAUCGAGGCAGGCUUGCUUUUCAAUGAGAGUCAAUGAAAUACUGGUACUACUGUGUGAAUUUCGCUUUCUUACCAGACGAAUCUGGCUGGCAGAUAUGGAGUGGUUCUGUCUGAUUUACACUGUAAAUUUAAACCAUUUUCAAGGCCAGUUUCCACGAAUAGUGCUCCUCUGUUCUUGCUCUCUGAAGGGGUUUUACUAGCUUACCACAUCCAGAGUGUGUUGGCAGUUUCUGUUCACCCUCCAGCUUGCUUUUAACUCUAAAUGUCUGGCGCUUCUAAUUGUUAAGCGAAUAGAAUAAAUCAUCUGUUCCUCUAACUCUUCCCAACUAACAUAUGUCAGGAUUGUUUCUUUUAUAAGAUUUGAGAACAACGAUUCAACAACAGAAAACAACUCUUUUGUUGGCUCUUUGUAUGUACUUGUACAUGUCAUACUAAACCAAUAUUAGUAAUGCUUUUGACAUUCAUACAGGGUCCGUAACAACGACUUUUAUUCUGGUGCAAACACUUGGUUUGGGUGACUGUGGUUCAACAGCCUAAUGAGCAAUGUUAAAUAUCUGCCUCACACUGAUUAUCUAAAAAAUGUUUCAUUUAUUUGGUAUUUUAUUUCUCUGGUGUGACAUAGGCAUGUCACAGCUCUCAGUUCUUUGGGGUACAUUUCUUUCUGUAAAUACUGUUGUAGUGGUUAAUUUAAAAUGAAAGAGAAAAAAGACAAAGUUUUAUGAACUCCAUCUCAUGGCUGCAGUGCCUUGUCAGACAAGCGUUGUUGUUUUCAGUUGGUUGGUUCCAGUCUGCACCGUUUUAGUAAAAGUUGUACAAAAUAA